AUGGCAUCUCCACUCCAGCGCGUCGUCCCGAGCGGUGGCCUCUUCCGCCGACUCAGCACCGAGUUGCCACGGCGGUGGUCCUCUACGGCCCGGGUGUUCGUGGACAAGAACACCAAAGUCAUUUGCCAAGGACUCACAGGCAAGCAGGGUUCCUUCCACACGGAGCAAUGCCUCGCCUACGGAACUCAGUUCGUCGGUGGAGUGAACCCCUCGAAGAAGGGCACCAUGUGGCAGUCGAGCGAUGAGAAAUUCUCUCUACCUGUCUUUGGCAGCGUCAAAGAAGCCAAGGAGGCGACCGGGUGCGACGCCUCCAUGAUUUUUGUGCCGCCUCCCUUCGCUGCGAAGGCGAUCUUGGACUGCAUUGCUGAGGAGAUUCCCCUUGCUGUCUGUAUCACGGAAGGCAUUCCUCAGCAGGACAUGGUUCGCGUUAAGCAGGCGCUGCUGUCUCAGAACAAAACACGCCUGAUCGGCCCCAACUGCCCUGGAAUUAUCAAGCCUGGUGAAUGCAAAAUCGGCAUCAUGCCGGGUUACAUCCACCAGAAGGGCAAGAUCGGCGUCGUUAGCCGCAGCGGGACGCUGACGUACGAGGCCGUCAACCAGACUACCCAGGCGGGCCUGGGUCAGUCGACUUGCGUUGGCAUUGGCGGAGAUCCUUUCAAUGGCACGAACUUCAUCGACUGCCUGGAGCGAUUCGUCAACGAUCCGGAAACCAAAGGCAUUGUGCUGAUCGGAGAAAUUGGAGGAUCCGCUGAGGAGGAAGCUGCGGCGUGGCUGAAAGAGCACAACAAGGAGCGCAAGCCGGUUGUCAGUUUCAUUGCUGGACUGACUGCCCCGCCUGGCCGACGCAUGGGUCACGCAGGAGCGAUUGUGAGCGGCGGCAAGGGAACAGCCGAAGGCAAGAUUGCUGCCUUGGAAGACGCAGGUGUGCAUGUUGUGAGAAACCCGGCUUCCAUGGGACAGAAGAUGCUGGAGGUUAUGAAGGAAGCUGGUCUGCAUUAG